ACAAAUAUUCAAGAUGCUGAAUACACCAGACAUGCUCCUUCUCUUCUGUCUUGUCGGGGCUGCGAACGCCCUGUACAAACAGUGGAUCCCUGACACCAACUAUGAGAAUAAGACCAAUUGGGACAAAGGAGCUGUCCCAUGUGGCAAUGACAUAGUUCAGUUUUCAGCCCAAAGACAAGUGUCUGUGUUUGUGGAGACCACGCAUGCUGUGCAGGAGAUGAGGAUGCCAGUUGAUGGAGAGUUCAUCCUGAAUUCAGGAGCUGGAUUUUAUGUUCUGGCAGGACAAGAACCAGGCUGCGGACAAGGUGUGACUACCAAGUUCAAAGAUUCAGACUCUCUGCAAUGGUUUAACCCAGCUCUGUGGCAGGUGGCUGCGACUGUGGAUGAGCUGCAGCAUGGAAACUUCCUGUUCUCAGUCCAUGAAGAGAGUGUCCCUUGCCAGUAUGAUGACGUGGUUUUUAAAGCCCUCUCCUCCUUCAAAGUGGACACCAGCUCCAGUCAGUCUAGCAUUCCUGUAAAAUCUGUGUCAGUGCAAGGGAAGAAGUUUGAUAGCAAAUCUGAGUUUUCACAGUAUCUAAGCUCACGCUCAGGCCGGCUGCAGUUUCACGGAUCCUCUGCCAUCACUGUUGGGAACCCAGGGUGUGGGGAUCCUUCUGGCUGUGAGUGUGGGAACUCUGUAAACCAUCAGCGGAUCUGUAGCAGUGUAACAUGUGCAUCUAUGAACUGUAAGAUGCCUCUACUCCCCAUAGGACACUGCUGUGAGGUAUGUGGUGCCAUCAUCACCAUCCAUUAUGCCCCUGGUUUCAACCUGCAAAGUUACAGGCAACGGAUCCAUCACCUUUUUCUCGUCCAGCCAAAAUACAAAUCCAUCCAGCUGGGCAUGUCUAAAGUUGUCAAGUCACAACGUCUGAUGGGGAUCAUCCCUUUCAGUCCCUCACCUGAGAUCCAGGUGGCUAUUCUGGAUGGAGAAAAGGGGAAAAAGUCAGAAGCUCUUGCCUCGGAAAUAGUGAAGGAUGCCCGCUCUCAUGGCUCUAACCUCGGAAUCACUGGGGCUGAAUUUCAAGCCUCAACUGGCAGCAGCAGCAAUCAGUCUGGAGGCAAUGCAGGGAUGGUGGUUGGAAUUGUGUUUGGAGUUUUUAUUAUGAUUACACUCAUUGUCAUAGUAGUUGUCCUGAUUCGUAGGGGCAUUGUUCAAAUGCCAUCAAUGCCAUCAAUGCCAUCAAUGCCAUCAAUGCCAUCAAUGCCUUCAAUGCCAUCAAUGCCAUCAAUGCCAUCUCUGAGAAGCUUGAAAAGAAACGGUGAUAUUGGAGAACUUGGUGGGCCUCUUGACCACGGAUUUGAAAACCCCAUGUUUGACAAGCCCAACAUGCUGUCCGAUAUUCCCGGAUUGUCUGGGACUGAAACUAAUAAUUCAAUCUCCAUGACUCAGACAGGUGUGUACUUUGUAAAUCCAGUUUUUGAUGAGAAUGAAACUGAUUUUAAUGCCUGAAG